CAACAAUAACGCAAUCAUGGGCAGCUAAUUCGCAAGGAAAAUAUACACACAUUUUUUAGUAUUAUUUCAAGUGCCGAGUGUAAACGUCAUCAGCGGUGGUUACAAAAACAGUUUAGAAAACCUCGGAAAAUGAGAUCAAUUUUCUUAAAACAAAUUGCCAUUAUUUUGCCAUUUGUCAUAAUUUUGUGGCUGAGUUUUAAUUUGGAGGCAAUGUUGGGUUCUCCCCGGAGAAGGGGAUUUGAUUGCAAGGAUGCAAGCAUCAGGCAGCCAUAUCUGGCAGAUACCAUAAAUACCAGGACCCUAUAUCUGCUGGGAUUGUAUUUGCCGCUUAUCUGCAUAAUUCUAAAUGAACUCCUCUUUUCGAGAAUUAGCAAUCAACAAAGAUCUGCUCCGGGAUUAAAGGGAUAUUUGGUGGAUCUCUAUUUGGCCGCCAUGCCAUUCUUCUGUGGAUUUGCCAGUGAGAGAUUUAUUAAAAAUUUACUCAAAUUAACUGUGGGCCGUUUGAGACCCCACUCCUAUACUUUGUGUCAGCCCAUCAGCCUGGAGGGCUUAACCUGCAAUGAACUACCCGAAAACUCCCCCUUUAUGCUGGAAUACACCUGUACGGGGACAAUGCAUCUCAGCUCUUCGAUAUACAAAUCCUUUCCCAGUGGCCACUCAAGUUUAUCGUUUUAUGGUUUGAUUUAUUUGGCCUUAUAUCUCAGAGGCUGCAGCCGUCAUAUCAAAGGAGAUCCAGGAUUUAUGGCCACCAUUUAUCGUCCUUCGGUCAUUUUGCUACAAUUGCUGUGCUUGUGUGUUGCUGCCAUGGUUGCCAUUAGUCGGGUUUUUGAUUUUAAGCAUUUUUGGUCGGAUAUAUUGGCCGGAGCCCUACUCGGCUCAAUUGUGGCCUUGGCAUUUUUCAGGUAUUCUGAAGAGAAUGCCAAAGAAGUCAAAGGAAUUUUGGAAAAUAAUUUCGAGGAAAAUGCUGAGAAAAGUAUUCGGGAGACCUUGAAAGAUCCAGAAGCUGGAAUAACAUCAUUUAUGCAGAAUAAUAAACAACAGCAACCUGAAUGUUGUAUAACAAUGCAUGGUGUAGAAGAAUUUUCGUUAUAAAACCUAAAUAAAAUAAAUAAAAUUGUUUUGA